GACCGGUGUGUUUUGUAUUAUGCACGGCGUCUAGGCUUAUAUAUGAGGCUGUUGAAACUCAUUGCAGUCAGGCAAAUGGCAAUGCUGUUUAACAUUGGGAAUCAAUGGCUGUAAGGUAUCUCGUCUGCCGUCGAAAACAGGAGUAGGCUGCACCUUGAACACCCAUCAGGUGUGCUGAUGCCGGGACAAGUGAGUCACAUCUGGAUCCUACCUGCUGUGGUGUCAGUUUCCACCCUCUGGCUGUACCUCCUGGUCAGCAGGGCACCAGCUCUCACCACCUCUGAUGAGCAGGUGGAGAGCGCCCGCCUGCGGUUCCCGAGCACGUUCGCCGAGCUCAAGUCGCUGGCGGUGCUGCUGCGCCGCUACCAGGAGGAGCACUGGCUAUACACGCUGGUGCUCUUCUGCAGCGCCUACAUCUACAAGCAGUCGUUCUCGAUCCCGGGCAGCAUGUUUCUGAACGUGCUGUCGGGCGCCCUGUACGGCGCGCUGGACGGCUGGAUGCUGUGUUGCGCGCUCACGGCGCUCGGCGCCACGAACUGCUACCUGCUAAGCAAGUACUGCUGUCGGCAGUUGCUGCUCAAGUAUUUCAAGAAGCGGAUCGUGGAUCUCACGGACACGGUGCAUCGGAACCGUCACCAGUUGCUGUAUUUUCUACUAUUCAUUCGUAUUUUUCCGAUGACGCCGAACUGGUUCGUCAAUAUGGCCUCCCCAAUUGUCGGGGUGCCUCUUCAUAUGUUCUGCUUCUCAGUAUUUGUGGGUUUGAUGCCGUACAAUUUCGUUUGUGUGGAGGCGGGGGACGUCAUCGGCACGCUGUCGUCUCUGGACGAUCUGUUCUCCAAGACCACGCUGCUGAAGCUGCUCCUGCUGGCGUUCGUGAUGCUGCUGCCGUCGAUCUACAAGCGAUCUAGGCGGCAGCGGUAUGGCUUUGCAAAUUCCAGCGUGCUCUAGGGUAUUUCGGCGUCUGGCGUGGGGGAUUUGCGCAGAUGUUAUUUGAUUGUUCUGACGUCACGUUUUCCAGUCGACGCGCCCGAAAGCACCAAUGACGUCACGUUUUCUGUUAGCAGCUGUAGUUCUGCACGGGUGCCAUCCGAUGUGGGCUUUGGUUCCGUAGUUUUGUCCUGUUCGGUGUGAAGGUGCCAUUCCAUGGGGGCGCUUGUCGAUGUCAUACAUCAUAGUGCAUUGUGUAGUACACGCUGCGGAACUCGGGUGCCAAAAGGCUCGCUCACACCUACUGGAAAGGCAUGCCCAAACACUGGAUUGUCAAGCCA